AACUUUGAAAUCGGGAGAAUUUGGAGAGAGAAAAAUGGCAAGAGCAGCUCUGCUUCAUUUGGUGCGAUCUCGAACCAGUUAUCUCAAACACACAGGUUUUCAAUCAGGUUAUCAUCUGGGUCGGGUUGGACAGUGGAUGCAGGCUCCCAGCGCCAAAAUUGACACUAACUAUACCAAGCCAUUUGCUGCUCUCGGGAAACGAUGGUUAUCUCAGUCCACAGUAGCAGAAAAUGACAAGAUCAGUAUUGGACCUCAGAAAGGUGGAGAAAUGGAAAAUGGAGAAAAGGAAACCGGGGUUGUUUAUUAUGGCCCUAUAUCAAAUACUAUCAAGAAAGUGAAGCUUCUCUCUCUUUCCACCUGCUGCCUCUCCGUGUCUUUAGGUCCUGUGAUAACUUUCAUGACGUCUCCCGACAUGAAUGUUAUCUUGAAGGGUGCAGUGGCAUCUUCUGUUAUAUUCCUAAGUGCUUCGACUACUGCAGCUCUCCACUGGUUUGUAAGCCCUUACAUUCACAAGCUCAGGUGGCAACCUGGUUCAGACAGCUUUGAGGUGGAGAUGAUGACGUGGCUGGCAACUUAUGUUCCUAAAACAAUAAAGUUUGCAGAUAUCAGGCCACCAGAGACCAAUCGGCCUUUUGUGUCGUUUAAGGCUAACGAUCAGUUCUAUUUUGUUGAUGCAGAGCACUGUCAUAACAAGGCAUUGUUAGCUAAACUUACUCCGCAAAAACGAGCUCAUGAAUCAGCUUUCAAGAAUUUAUGAUGAAUGAUACUAUCUUGUCUUUUUGUCUGAAAUUCUGCUGGAGUAAUUUUUUUACUUCUGUUUUUAUCACGCUGACAAUUGCGUUGAAAAGUGUAAGAAUGAUAUAUUUGAGGUGAAGUUUUUAGCCUGAAUUUUAGUCCUUGUUUGAACCA